AUGGUCUCCCAACGCCUGCGCCUCCUCGGGGCGCUGCUGGCCCUCGCCAUCCCAACGAUCCACCUUCUCCGCCGCAUCACCGCCCGCCGCAGAAAACUAGCCUCGGCAGAACGCGUCCUGGUCCUCGGCGCGUCCAGCGGCGUCGGCCACGCCGUCGCGAGGCAGUACGCCCGCCGCGGCGCGAGGGUGUGCGUCGUCGCGCGGCGGGCGGACAAGAUCACCGCGCUGGCUGGCGAGUGCGGCGCGGGCUGCAUCGGCGUCGCGGCCGACCUGAGCGUCGUCGAGGAUAUGGUUAGGCUCCGCGAGACGAUCGCCCGCGAGUGGGGUGGCCUCGACACGAUCCACGUGUGUGCUGGGGUGUCGGCGCUGCAGCCUGUGAUGGCGCUCACGGGGGUUGAGGGGAAGGAGGAUGCUGGCGGGAAGGGCAUCCAGGACGCUGUUGAUGUGGCUGGGAGGGCUGUCCAGGGCAAUCUUUUCGGGCCCAUGGCUGCUGCUCUGACAUUUAUCCCGAUGCUGACACGCACAUCUACUGCACCGGCCAUUCUGCUCGUCUCCUCCUUGGCCGCCCUGGUGCCGGCACCGACACGUGCGCUCUACGCCGCAACAAAGGCGUCAUCGCUGCUCCUGUAUCAAGCACUGGCCAUAGAGCAUCGCGACAUCGCGUUCGCCUUCAUCCUACCGGGUACCAUCGAGGGCGACUUCCGCGCGUCAGCCGUCGACUCCGGCCCCGUCCGCGAGGCGGACCCGAACAAGCACGGGCUCAAGAUCAACUACGUCGCGGCCAAGUGUAUCGACGCGGUUGACAGAGGUGUCAGAGGCAACAUCAUGAUGCCGUGGAUUCCGUAUUUCUUUGCGCAGCCUUUGUACUGCCUCUGGCCGUCGUUGGUCGAGAGGACGGCGGCGAGGAAGUACAACUUCCCCUAUUGA